AUGGGUGAAAGUGGUAAAAAAGCACAAACUUCUAAUCAUAAUAAAGAACUGGGAAUAAUGUACAGCAUGAUUCUCUCUUUGAGAAGCUGGCGCUGGAAUCGGGAGCGGGAGUGGCUGCCCCCACGCGUGGGGGCAGCAAGGCGGUGGGUGUCCGACCGCAGACGACCCCAGGGAUGGGCCAGCGGCUGUGAGUCUGUGGACUCCAGCCUUGGGGGCCUUUCUCGGUCCAGCACGGUGGCCAGCCUCGACAAGGACUCCCCCAAAAGCUCAGGACAAAGCAACAACAACUCAGACACCUGUGCGGAAUUCCGAAUAAGAUACGUUGGUGCCAUUGAGAAACUGAAACUCUCCAAAGGAAAAAAUCUGGAAGGGCCACUGGACCUGCUAAAUUAUAUAGAUGUUCCCCAGCAAGAUGGGAAGCUGCCUUUCGUUCCCCUGGAGGAAGAAGUGAUUAUGGGCGUUUCCAAGUACGGCAUCAAAGUAUCCACACCUGAUCAGUAUGAUGUGCUGCACAGGCACGCCCUCUACCUGAUCAUCCGGAUGGUGUGCUAUGACGACGGCCUGCGGGCGGGGAAAAGCCUGCUGGCACUGAAGACCACCGAUGCCAGCAACGAGGAAGUCAGCCUGUGGGUGUACCAGUGCAGCAGCCUGGAACAAGCACAGGCCAUCUGCAAAGUCCUGUCCACCGCUUUUGACUCCAUGCUGAUGGCUGAGAAGGUGUGAGUCUGCCACAAGCAGAUCCGCAUCGCGGGAGGAAGGUUUGGCUUUUUUCUAAACUGGUUUUCAAUCUGCAGCGCUGAACUAGCAUGAAAGUAUGAAGUGACCCCUUGUUCUAGAUGUUCUGGGAAGAAAAUGCAACGUUUAAAACAUCGGCCAUUUGUUUUUCUAUUAAAAUGUGCCUUAUUAAAAAAAAAAAAAGAU